UUGAUCAUGGCGGACACAAAGAAGAUGGUAACCUUGAUGAGUUCUGAUGGAGAAACUUUUGAGGUUGAAGAAGCUGUUGCACUUCAAUCUGGCACGAUUAAGCAUAUGAUUGAAGAUGGUUGUGCUGAUAAUGCUAUACCUGUACCAAACAUAAGAAGCAAUAUCUUGGCUAAAGUUAUAGAGUAUUGCAAGAAACACGCCGAAGAAACCCCUCAAGGAGAUGCUCGGCGUCGAUAUACUGUGGAAGAAGAUCUUAAGAAUUGGGAUGCUGAGUUUAUUAUUAAGGUCAAUGACUACAUCCUGUUCGAUCUUAUCUUAGCAGCAAAUUAUCUGAACAUCAAGGACUUGUUGGAGCUGACUACCCAGAAGGUUGCAGAUACGAUCAAGGGUAAGACACCAGAGCAGAUCCGCAAGUAUUUCUACAUUAAGAAGGACUUCACCCCAGAGGAAGAAGCUGAGAUUAUGAAGGAGUACGGUUGGGCUUUCGAAUGAAUUAUCAAUGUCAGUACUACUAGUAAUGUAGUUUGGUGUUUUGUUUUAUUUUAUUGAUUUACUUGAUUUGAUUUGAUUGUUAGAAUGAAAUUUUCAUGUUGUUAUUUUGAUAAUUUAGAGCAAGUUUUUUAAAUGAACCCUGAA